AUGGAACAAGUCCAACAAGCAAAGUCCGUUAAACUUAAUAGUUAUUUGGACAGUUUCCCUUUCCACUCAUCGUUGAAAAAUACGGAAAUUUCGAAAUAUCUGAACUACGACACAUUUGAAAAAGUUGUGAUAUUGAAUUACGAUAUCCAUGAUAAACAAUGGAUGAAAAAAUAUGUUUCGAAACAUAAGAAGCAAGGAAACGACGGGGUGACUAUGAUUGCAUUGGUGAACGGACCGAGAUUCGAGUAUGAAGUGGUGGUGGAAGAAGAUUUGGUCACAAUCAGAAGAAAACGUUCUUAA